GUUGCUCAACGAGCCGUAGCUCUUGUUUUUGGCGAGAGAAGGUCUCUUAGUUGAAUAACAUGGAGGUACAAUUCCACAACACGGUGUCGAAAGGAGCGGAAGAAGCGGUCGCGGCUAAUGUCUCGGAUGAGUGUUCCUUGCCGGAUAGCGCGGUCCUGUUGUGGGCACGAGUCUGAUGAUCCUUCUUUUCCUUUCCGGGGCGAGUGGACAAUUGAUCGAACACGAGGCACUCGAAGGUUGGAGGCGAAAAGGACGGGUUGCGGCAAUCACCGGAGACGCGUAGAAACGGUCAACGAUAGCGGAAGCGGUAAAGGAGGUAGUGUGAAGCGAGGCACCGAAGAGACGAUUGAAUUCUUUGCUUUUGGGGUUCUUUUUUUUUCAAUUUAUUUAAUGAGGAAAAAAAUCAAGCAAAACCAGUUCUCGCGUCUGGUGGGAUGGCCCCGAUCCACGGCGACAACGAUACUUAGUGAAAAGCUCGUUGAGUAUAAGGGAGGCGAAAGUGAGAUGGAGGAUUGAGAUGGGAUAAGAUUGAAGGGCAAGACGUGAGAAUGACAACGGAUGUGGAGGGGAGAAGGACAGAGGAGAGAGAAGAGGAGAGGGGGGAUGGGGGAAGAGAAGAGAGAAGAGGAGGGAGAGAGAGAGCGAGAGUCGAAAGGCAAGGCGAGCAGGAGCCAAAGCCAGAGGCCGAGUGAGAAAAGCGAGAGGAAAGGGAGGGAUUGCAGCUUAGUGGUCCGAGGUGUCAGAGCGAGUCUAGUCGAGUGACGAU